AUGUCGGCCACCGUAGAAGACGAUAAACAUCCAGGAUUACGUUGGGAGUGCCCGGUGGUUUUCUACAUCAUUUGUAAGCUAGAAAGAUUGAUAAUCAUAAAUUCCGACGACUUUGAUAGAGGCAUCCUAGCCCAAUAGAGGAAAGAUGAGGCUGAAAGAGAUCCAGAGGACCGCUCAUCCAGCAUGGAGUCCUGCCCCCCACCACCCUAUCUGCCUGGCUUUAGGAACAGGCACGUCAGCUCAGCAGCUGGAUGCGUCAUUCAACACCACUGCCGCCUUGGAAAUAUUCCAGGUGGAUUUUGCCGAUCCUUCCCUGGGCAUGAAGCUCAAGGGGUCCCUACCUACUUCUAACAGGCUCCAUAGUCUGGUGUGGGUAAACUUUGGAGAAGGAGAAGACGGUUUGGGAGGGAGACUGAUUGGAGGCAGUGAUAAUGGCACGGUAACGGUGUAUAGCCCAGAAGCCAUCGUAACAUCAGGGGCAGAGGCAAUAAUAGGACAGUCUGACAAACACACUGGGCCUGUCAGAGCACUAGACUUCAACCCCUUUCAGAGUAAUCUGUUGGCGUCAGGGGCAAACGAUUCAGAGAUCUACAUCUGGGAUUUGAACAAUUUCAGCAAUCCAAUGACACCCGGUACAAAGUCACAGCCUCCUGAAGAUAUCAGUGUAGUGUCGUGGAACAGACAGGUGCAACACAUCCUGGCCUCUGCAAACCCCAGUGGGAAAGCAGUGGUCUGGGACCUGAGGAAGAACGAGCCCAUCAUCAAGAUUAGUGACCACAGCAACCGGAUGCACUGUUCAGGGAUGCUCUGGCACCCUGAGGUGGCCACCCAGUUGGUCCUGGCCUCAGAAGAUGACCGCAUGCCAGUCAUUCAGAUGUGGGACCUGCGCUUUGCCACGUCCCCUCUCAAAGUCCUGGAGAACCACACAAGGGGACUUCUGUCCAUAGCGUGGAGCCAAGCAGACCCAGAGCUGUUGCUCAGUAGUGCUAAAGACAACAGGAUCCUCUGCUGGAACCCAAACACUGGAGAGGUGAUCUAUGAAUUACCAACGACCAAUCAGUGGUGCUUUGACAUCCAGUGGUGUCCCAGGAACCCAGCGCUGCUGUCGGCGGCCUCGUUUGACGGCUGGAUCAGUGUGUACAGCGUGAUGGGAGGAAGCCUGGAGGCUCAGCAGCAGAGCAGGGCUGAUCAGAUCUCCUCGUCCUUUGACACCAUGGAUCCGUUUGGGACAGGCCAGGUGCUGCCCCCUCUGCAAGUUCCCCAACCCACCCCUCAGACCACCCUCGUCGCUCCGCUGAAGAAGCCCCCCAAGUGGGUUCGUAGGCCCGUAGGAGCCUCAUUCGCUUUUGGUGGGAAGCUGAUCACCUUUGAGAGUCCUAAGGCUCCAGUCCAGAGCCCACAGCCCGUCCCUGUCCCCAGGCAGGUGUUUGUGAGCCAGGUCACCACGGAAACAGAGCUCCUCCAACGUUCCAGGGAGCUGCAGGCUGCUCUGCAAUCUGGAUCCUUGUCAGACUACUGCCAGGCCAAGAUCAACAAGGCCCCCACAGACUCUGAACAGGACAUAUGGAGGUUUCUCCUGGUCAACUUUGAAGAUGAAGCCCGGGUCAAAUUCCUGAGACUUUUGGGUUUCAGCAAAGAGGAUUUAGAGAGGAAGAUAUCCACCUGCUUGGGGAAAAACCUGCAGCCUAACGGACAUGGAGUGGAUGCCAACGAUCUGGCUGAGAAGAUACAGCUUCUCUCUACUCAGAGGUCAGAAGAAUCCGGGGAUGAGGUUGACUCCACCAAGACUCCGGGUUCAUCCUCGCCCUCUGACUUUUUCAGUCAGAUCCCACCACAACCACAAGACAAGGACAAGAAGAUCAGCUUCCUGAUCCCUGUCUCAGCAGAUGCAGAUGGUCUGAUCAGCCAGGCUCUGCUGGUGGGAAACUUUGAGGGAGCGGUGGCCCUGUGUCUGAACGAGGGGCGCUACGCUGAGGCCAUCCUGCUGGCGAUCAGUGGAGGACAGGAGCUACUGCAGAGGACCCAGCAGACAUACCUGGACGAGCAGAGGAACAGCAUCUCUAUGCUGAUCUCAUCCGUGGUGACCCAGAACUGGGGAGACAUCGUGCAGAGCUGUGCCUUGGAGAACUGGAAGGAGGCUCUCGCUGCUCUCCUGACCUACGCUCACCCCAAACAGUUUGCUCAUCUGUGUGAGACCCUGGGGUCUCGUCUGGAGGGGGAGAGGACAGAGAAACGCUGUCUGCAGGCAUGUCUCUGUUACAUUUGCUCUGGGAACAUUGAGAAACUAGUGGAAUGCUGGGCCCUGCAGAGGGACUGCUCAUCUCCCCUGGUUUUAGAGGACUUGGUAGAGAAGAUGAUGGUUCUGCGUAAGUCUGUGGAGCGUCUGAGGAACAGCGAGGUGACUGUACAGAGUCCUGUCCUGGCUGACAAGCUGACUCACUACGCUGGUCUCCUAGCUUCACAAGGCAGCCUGGCUACAGCCCUGUCCUACCUGCCAGACACCUCAGACCAGGCUUGCAUCAUGAUGAUGAGAGACCGGCUGUUCCACGCCCAGGGAGAGGGAGGCGCUGCAGGGGGGCAACAGCCCCCACCGUUCCCUUACAACAGAGUCAGGGUGACUGGGGGCGACCCUGCCCCCGCUCAGGCCCCUGCUGUCCCCGUCCAAGCACAACCACCGGCACAGACACCGGGGCCCUACCAGCCUCCUCUUCCUGUGAUGUCAGUGGGUGGCCAGCCUCCUCUUCCUGUGAUGUCAGUGGGUGGCCAGCCUCCUCCUCCUGUGAUGUCAGUGGGUGGCCAGCCUCCUCCUCCUGUGAUGUCAGUGGGUGGCCAGCCUCCUAUGACGACAGUCUUCACUCCUCAAGCUGCUGCUCUCUCCAGAGGGCUGCCUCCUCCUUCGUAUGGCGGUCUGCCCCCCUCCUCCCCUGCUCCUCCACCUAGUGGGCUGCCACGUACAGGACUACGGCCAGCCUACCCUCAACAUCCUGCCACUGCCCCAGGGUUCUCUCCACUCCAGCCAUUCCAGCCACAACAGCAGCCCAUGUCUGCAGGACUAGGUGGCCCCGGCCUCUCUGCCUUCCCUCCAGGACCUGCUAUGCCAGGCUCCAGCCUAUCUGGACCCCCCCUGCCUCCGUUCUCUGCCCCUGGCGGCCUCCCCACCAUGCCCAGCCCAGGGCCACCUCCGUCAGGCUUCACCCCCACCUCGCUCCCUUCAGGCCCCAUGCCACCCAGCUACCAGCAGCCUGGGGCCCCCGUCGGCAUGUACCCACCAGGGGGGUCUCACCUUCACAGCCAGGGCCCACCUGCAGGUCCCCCCUCUGGUCCGUACCCACCCCUGGGACCUGGGUACCCACAAGGAGGUCCUGGAGCCCCGGCCGUCAAGUCCUUCUCUGCUCCGUCGGUUGCUCCUCCUCCUACAGGACAAGAUGGCUGGAAUGACCCACCAGCAGUACGAGGGGGUUCUAGGAAGAAAAAGGUUGUCCCAGACAACUACACCCCUCCGGCUCCCAUCACCGCCCCUGUUAUGGGGGGUUUCCCCAUGGAGGGCCAUCAUCAUCAGCCCCAAGGACAGCAGGGCCACGACCCCAGCCGCACGCAGCAGUUCCCCCCAGGGGCCCCUCAGGAGCCCAGCGUACAGCUCCUCCAGGCGCUGCCGGCUGAGAGGGUGGAGCAGAGAGAGAUCCCUGCAGAGCACAUGGUCCUCAAGCAGACCUUCGACAGCCUGGUUCAACGCUGCCAGCUAGCCGCACAAGACCCACAGACAAAAAGGAAACUUGACGAUGCAUCGAAACGCCUUGGGUACCUGUAUGACAAGCUGAGAGAGCAAACGCUGUCUAACAACAUCCUGGGGGGUUUACAUGAGAUCAGUCGCUGUGUGGCGGGCCAGAACUACCAGCGUGGCCUAGAGGUCCACACUGCUGUGGUCACCAGCAGCAACUUCAGCGAGAUCCAAGCCUUCAUGCCCAUCCUCAAAGUGGUCAUGACCAUCGCCAACAAGCUGGGCGUCUGACCACUGAUCCCACACCAAGGCAGGCUUCUAGAAUAAACCUUAUUUCCUAUAAUGCUCUACUUUUGACCAGACCCUAUGGGCUCUUUACGGGCCCCGUGGGCCCUAUGAUUUAUGAGGGCCCCGAGGGGUCUAUGAGGGCCCCCGAGGGCUCUUGUCAAAAGUAGUGCUCUAUAUAGGGAGUAGAGUGCCAUUUGGAACACUCAAAAACACACCAAGAUAAAACAGCCUUCAGUGUUAUCAUAUGGAUGGAUCACAAUGUUAUAGAUUAGAUAUUUAUUUUUCAGCUGUUGAAAUGUGCUUUGAUAAAGAAGAAAAAAACAUGAUUGCAGAUGUGUGGUUUUCACUUGACUAAAGCCAACUCAUAGAAAGGUUUCUGACUUGGCUGAUGACGAGAGGUGUUCUUCUCUCUGAGAAGACGAGUCACUGUGGUGGUUAUCAACAGCAAAACACCCAAUAGUAUUAAAGAAGUUGAGUCCUUUUAGCUUUUCGAUGGGAAGAUACCUGAUGUUAAAUAUUAAAGAGGUGGGGGUUACUGGUGUGGGAGGAUUGUAAAGAUAGCUGAGGAUUUUAAUGUCAUGUGUUUGAGAGUGGAGAAAGAUAUACGCAAAUGUCUCUGAACAAUGUGGGCUUGGAUUCUCUGGCUGUCAGUCGUUCUUAACAUGGUAACACAUCCAACUAAGGGAAGACUUUGGAGAGCGAGGUUGUUUUUGUCCACCUUCCUACCUCAUCUUUCCUUAACAAACCACACAACGUCCAGCUGAUUUUUACAAUAGUUAGGAAGAGUGAAUGAGUUAUAUACACUUUUGUAAUGCAUACUGUACCACAGUGCUGAAAUUGUUACUUUUCACUGACAGACCAGUGUGCUCUACAGACCAGUGGGCUCUACAGACCAGUGGGUUCUACAGACCAGUGGGUUCUACAGACCAGUGGGCUCUACAGACCAGUGUGCCAUCUCUUACUUUGUUAUGUUUUCAGGCCAAAGCACUGCAACGACUAGCUCUGAUCCAGGGUGUUACGUGCAGCUUGUUGACUCAGAGCUGUGUCAGAGCCUGCACAUUACGCCCUGGUCCAGAGCUAUGCAACAACAGAAUGUAAUUUGAUGAUUCUUGUGGAGUUGCUGGAUGUUUUUUUUAUAGUCAGUCCCCGUUACAGUCACUAUAGAGCGGCCCACUGCUGUCAGCUAGCUUGUGUGAUUGAGAUACUGUAUGAGAACUGUGUGUGUUCUGGUUGUUAGCUUCGCCCCCUGUUUAUAGUGUGCUGGCUUCUGUUGUGUAUAAACUGUAAUGAGCACACCACUGUAAACAGUGGUUACACUUGACAUUUCAUGCUGAUUGAAGAACGUGGCAGUUAUCCACUGAAAUAUGAAUUAUGGCAAAGAAACCCAUGAAUAAAUCUCUUGAAAUAUU